AUGGCGGCAACACUGCACUGGGACUGGGAGGAAUCCCUCGUUUUCUUCCUCCACGGCGUGAGCGCCGCGGCCCACCUUAUCCUCGCGCUCGUCGUCGCGGGGCGCUUGCUCUUUCGCCGCCUCUCCGCCGGCCGAACCAAGGACGGGGAGGUGAGCGGAGGAGAUGCUAGCCGCGGCGUUGGCCGGUUCCGGUACUGCUACGGGAUCUCUGUCUGCACCACGUGGGCUCUGGCGGCGUUCGAGGUCCUCCUCGCCGCCUACUCCUGGUACGCGGAUAGCGGCGCCGGGUGGUCGCGCGACGCGGUCGCCGAACGGGUGGACGCGGCCGCGCGCGCGGUGUCGUGGCUGCUGCUCGCCGCGUACCUGCAGUUCGAUUUCGGGCGGCGUCGGCGGCGCCAGGAGCGGUUCCCCGCGCCGCUCAAGCUUUGGUGGGCGCUCUUCACGCUGCUCUCCGUCGUCGCAGUCGGCGUUCACGCGGCGACGAGUCUGGACGGGUUCCUCGUGCCCGCUCGGUCGUGGGCGCUCGACGCAGUCUCUGUUACUGCAGCAGUGGUUCUACUCUCAGCUGGGUACUUCCUCGGAAGGAAGGAGGGAGAAGGACGCGGCCAUGCUUCCGAGGAGCAGGAGCCUCUGCUUAACGGCGCACACGAGGCGGCCGAUGACGUCGACGACAACAGCAGCAGCGCCGCCGACGCAUCCUUGUUCACUGGCGCCGGCUUUCUUAGCGUGCUCACCUUCUCUUGGAUGGGGCCCCUGCUCGGCGUGGGCCACAGGAAGACCCUGGUCCUGGAGGAUGUCCCGGGCCUCGAACCAGGCGACAGCGUUGCUGGCGUCCUCCCGCCCUUCAAGGCCAACCUUGAGGCGCUCACUCGCGACGUCAACGGAGACGGCGGCAGGUCGAGCCGGAAGGUCGUCACCGCGUUCAAGCUCACCAAGGCCCUGCUGCGCACCAUAUGGUGGAACGUCGCGGUGACCGCGUUCUACACGCUGGUCUACUGCGUCGCCGCCUACGUUGGGCCGUACCUCAUAGACUCCCUGGUGCAGUACCUGUACCUCAGCGGCGACGAGAGGUACGCGGGCAAGGGGCAGCUUCUCGUACUCGCCUUCGUCGUGGCCAAGGUGCUCGAGUGCCUGUCGCAGCGGCACUUGUUCUUCCGGCUGCAGCAGGCCGGGAUACGCGCGCGGUCGGCGCUCGUCGCCGUCGUGUACCAGAAGAGCCUCGCGCUCUCUAGCCAGUCGAGGCGGAGCCGCACGAGCGGAGAGAUGAUCAACAUCGUCAGCGUCGACGCCGACCGCGUCGGCAUCUUCUCGUGGUACCUGCACGAGGUCUGGCAAGUACCGCUGCAAACAGGCAUGGCGAUGUUCAUCCUGUACUCCACCCUCGGGCUCGCCUCGCUCGCCGCGCUCGGUGCCACCGUGGCCAUCAGCCUCGCCACCGUGCCCCUGGGAAGAAUGCAGGAGAGGUUCCAGGAGAAGCUGAUGGACAGCAAGGACGCGAGGAUGAAGGCGACGUCAGAGAGCCUUCACAGCAUGAGGAUCCUGAAGCUGCAGGGGUGGGAGAUGAGAUUCCUGUCCAAGGUCAUCGAGCUGAGGAAGACAGAGGCGAACUGGCUAAAGAGAUACCUCUACACGUCGGCCACCAUGACCUUCGUCUUCUGGGGCACCCCGACCUUCGUCGCCGUGGAACCUAUAUACGAACUCCCUGGCACUAUCGCGAUGGUGAUCAAGACCAAGGUGUCUCUUGACAGGAUAGCAUCGUUCCUGUGCCUGGACGAGCUGCCCAGUGAUGCUGUGCAGAGGCUUCCACGUGGCAGCUCUGCUGACUUUGCCGUCAGCGUCAGCAACGGGUGCUUCUCAUGGGAAGCCUCGCCUGAAGUUCCAACACUGAAGGACCUCAACUUCCAAGCUAGGCCAGGCAUGCGCGUUGCGGUCUGUGGGACGGUUGGCUCCGGCAAAUCCAGCUUGCUAUCCUGCAUUCUCGGUGAGAUUCCAAAGUUAUCGGGAGAGGUCCGGACCUGUGGGACAACAGCGUAUGUCAGCCAGUCGGCUUGGAUACAGAGCGGCAAAAUUCAGGAGAACAUACUGUUUGGCAAGGAGAUGGACAGAGAGAAGUACGACAGGGUCCUCGAGUCAUGCGCGCUGAAGAAAGACUUGGAGAUCCUGCCGUUUGGUGACCAGACAGUCAUUGGCGAGCGAGGCAUCAACCUUAGUGGCGGCCAGAAGCAGAGGAUUCAGAUAGCGCGCGCUCUGUAUCAGGAUGCCGACAUCUACUUGUUCGAUGAUCCUUUCAGUGCAGUCGAUGCACAUACCGGAUCCCACCUUUUUAAGGAAUGCUUGCUUGCGGAUUUGGCUUCAAAAACAGUGGUUUAUGUCACUCAUCAGAUUGAAUUCCUACCUGCCGCCGAUCUCAUUCUUGUCAUGAAAGAUGGGAGAGUAGCACAAGCAGGAAAAUACGACGAAAUACUGGGUUCAGGUGAAGAGUUCAUGGAGCUAGUUGGUGCCCACAAGGAGUCUCUAACAACAUUGGAUGUGAUCGACGCCAUGAAUGGAGGCAAUGUAUCCUCCUCCUCUCCCAGUGGCAGAGAGAAGCGGAAUCUGUCCAGAUCACUGUCAUUAGCUGAGAAGAAACAUGAAGCCAACGAGGAUGAAGGAAAUGGUGCUCGGAGUGGGCAGCUGGUGCAGGAGGAAGAAAGGGAGAAAGGCAGGGUGGGGUUCUGGGUCUACUGGAAGUACCUCACGCUAGCUUACAAGGGUGCUCUUGUACCCUUGGUGUUGCUAGCACAGAUACUUUUUCAAGUAAUUCAGAUUGCGAGCAAUUACUGGAUGGCUUGGGCUGCUCCGGUGUCAGAGGAUGUUGAGCCUCCGGUGAGCAUGCCGACGCUGCUCAGUGUCUAUGUGUCGCUGGCUCUUGGAAGCUCGUUGUGCAUCCUCGUAAGAUCACUGCUCCUUGCAACAGCUGGGUACAAGACAGCGACUUUGUUGUUCAACAAGAUGCAUUUCUCCAUAUUCAGAGCUCCUAUGUCUUUCUUCGAUUCCACUCCCAGCGGGCGCAUCUUGAAUAGGGCUUCAACUGAUCAAAGUGAAGUGGACACCAACAUUGCUGACCAGAUGGGCACUGUUGCAUUUUCCAUCAUUCAGCUUGUCGGAAUUAUUGUGGUGAUGUCUCAGGUUGCAUGGCAGGUCUUUGUGGUUUUCAUCCCUGUAUUUGCUGCCUGUGUCUGGUAUCAGCGAUACUACAUUGACACGGCUAGGGAGCUGCAAAGGCUAGGAGGAGUUUGUUAUGCUCCUAUCAUACAACACUUUGCAGAAUCAGUAGCAGGGUCAAGUACCAUUAGAAGCUUCCGCAAGGAAAAUCAGUUUGUGUCAAUAAACAGCCGUCUAACAGAUGCUUACUCUCGACCCAAAUUCUACAACGCUGGAGCAAGGGAGUGGCUUUGCUUUCGUCUGGAUGUGCUGUCAUCUCUUGUAUUUGCCUUCUCUUUGAUCUUUUUGAUCAAUCUACCAACCGGUCUCAUCGAUCCAGGUAUUGCUGGUCUUGCUAUCACAUACGGGCUUAGUCUGAACACGUUGCAAGCACAGGUUGUCUGGAGUAUGUGCACAUUGGAGAACAAGAUUAUAUCAGUGGAGAGAAUUCUACAGUACAUAAGAAUUCCUACAGAACCCCCGCUUGUCAUGUCAGAAAAUAAGUUGGCUCAUAACUGGCCAUCUAAUGGAGAAAUUCAGCUUCAUAAUCUCCAUGUGAAAUAUGCACCGCAGUUGCCGUUUGUUCUGAAGGGCCUUACAGUUACUUUUCCGGGUGGCAUGAAGACCGGUAUAGUUGGAAGAACAGGAAGUGGCAAAUCAACCCUCAUUCAGUCCCUCUUCCGUAUUGUGGACCCUACUGUCGGUCAGAUACUAAUAGAUGGCGUCGACAUCUGCACAAUUGGACUGCAUGAUCUGAGAUCCAGACUGAGCAUCAUUCCACAAGAGCCGACGAUGUUCGAAGGAACUGUCAGAAGCAACCUUGACCCCCUAGGGGAGUACUCUGAUGAUAAAAUCUGGGAGGCUUUGGAUUGCUGUCAGCUGGGGGAUGAAGUUAGGAAGCAGGAGCUGAAGCUUGACUCACCAGUGAUAGAGAAUGGCGAGAACUGGAGCGUGGGCCAGCGCCAGCUCGUGUGUCUUGGUAGGGUAAUUCUGAAGCGGAGCAAGGUUCUUGUUCUGGACGAAGCCACCGCUUCAGUGGAUACUGCAACCGACAACUUGAUCCAGAGAACACUGAGGCAGCAGUUUAAAGAGACGACCGUCAUCACGAUAGCGCACAGGAUCUCGUCCGUUCUUGACAGCGACAUGGUGCUGCUCCUUGACAAUGGCGUGGCCGUCGAGCACGACAGGCCCAACAAAUUGCUGGAGGAUAAGUCGUCUCUGUUCUCAAAGCUCGUGGCAGAAUACACCAUGCGGGCGGCGCAUACAUAA